GCAGUGCAGUUAACUUAUGCAAUUCAUCUAUCUACCAUCCUCCAUCAUUCCAUCCUACCAUCCUAAUAGCCUCUCUAAUACAACCAACAGAACCUGUUGGGGCAGCAAAGCUCUACGUAAUACUCGACUCGAUCUCACGUGCGAGGCUGAAUCCGAAAUUGUAUAUCCGGUUCGGAACUAUACUAGCUGCCUAGAUAGCUACCUACCUACAUAGCUCUUAUUAUCCGGGCACCAGCAAUGGUAUCAUUCCACAACCGCCUUGAUCAUAUGAUAUGACGCAUGGGGGAAUCUUGAUAUCGAGCUACACACACCUUUCCAACCGUCAGCCGUGCACUUUGCAAGAUGGCAGAUAACGGCGUCGAUCUAAGCCAGCUCUCUGCCGAGCAGCAGUCUGCUCUUGAACAAUACACUCAAGUCACAGCACAGGAUAUUAAGGAUGCGGUGCCGUUACUAGAAAGGUCGCAAUGGAAUGUUCAGAUAGCAAUAUCCAAGUUCUUUGAUGGCGAAGGCCCCGAUCCCGUUGCCGAAGCCAUCGAAGCACAGAACCAUAUUCCGCGGCAGGCGGCAAGGCACGAGAAUCUACAGGAAAGCUUCAUGGCGUCCUCGCGACCCUCCGGGCGUGCAUUACCACGAGCUAGACCAGAUCCUGCCCCGAGAAUCGUACCGCAACCUCAGACAACCCACCGCACGCCACUCCUCUUCUCCAUAAUAUUCUCUCCUUUCACCUUCGGAUUCAGAGCCGUUUCGACGCUCUUCCGCACAUUCCUAUACAUAUUUGCAUUUCUACCAGCAUCGGUACGGCCACGGGCGAUAACGACGACUAUGACAAGCGGGUGGAAGGGCACGAUGGGCCGGCGCAUGCUCAUGCCGCGGGAUACAGCCGCCCGAUUCAAGCGGGAGUUUGAGGAGGAGUACGGGAACACUAGUCUACCCUGGCAUGAGGGCGGCUUCGCCCAAGCCCUCGACCUUGCUAAAUCAGAGCUCAAGUUCCUUCUUAUCGUGUUAAUGUCUCCCGAGCAUGAUGACACCGAGUCCUAUACGCGAGAGACCCUUCUCUCCCCAGAGACCGUAAAUUUCAUCAACGACCCCGCGAACAACAUCGUCUUAUGGGGUGGCAAUGUCCUCGACUCCGAGGCUUACCAAGUCGCCGCCGAGUACAACUGCACCAAGUUCCCCUUCUCGUGUCUUGUGUGCCUAACCCCCAAGGAAGGCAGCACCCGCAUGAGCAUCGUUAAGCGCCUCGUUGGGCCCAUGUCCCCGCAAACUUAUGUCGCUGAGAUCCAGACUGCUAUUAACAAAUAUGCUCCGGACCUAGUCGGCGUGCGCGCCGAUCGCGCUGCCCAGGACCUCGCCCGCAACCUACGCACUGAGCAAGACGACGCAUACGAGCGCUCUCUGGCCCGCGAUAGGGAACGCACCCGCCAGCGCAAAGAGGCUGAGGCCGCGGCUAAGCUGGCGGAGCAGCGCGCUAUAGAGCAGGUCCAGGCCGCCGAGCUACUCGCCCAGAAACGCGAGCAGUGGAGGCGCUGGCGUGCGACUACUAUCAUCCCCGAGCCAGACUCUAGCGCCAGCCCUAAGGAUGUCGUGCGGCUAGCGUUAAAAAUGCCGGAUAAUGCGGGAGGCAGAGUGGUACGUCGGUUUGCGGCUUCAACGACGGUGGAAGAGCUAUACGCAUUCGUUGAGUGCUACGAAUUACUAGCGAACCCGGAUGAAGAGAUCAACAUCGAGAAAGAAAGCGGGGAAGAAUCGGACCGCGAGCGUCCCGAGGACUAUAUCCACAAGUACAAGUUCCGGAUCGCGGCGCCGAUGCCAAGGAUAGUGUACGAGCCAGACGAGACUGCUACGCUAGGAAGCACUAUCGGGAGAUCCGGGAAUCUUAUAGUAGAGACUCUGAUCUCCGAUGAGGACGAUGAUGAGAGUGAAGAGGAAUCUAGUAGUGAUGAAUAGGAUGUUGAGUAAAUAAGAUAUCCAGACAUCCAAGCUUAUCUUGCGCGAUUGAUUUAUUGUAAUAAUCGUGUAAUAAAGCCA